UAUAUAUGAUAAUAAAAAAUUAUAUGUUUUUGUUUUAUACCCUUUUGUCAAACAAAACUAAUUGUAAUGCUAUUUUUGUCAUUUUUGUAUGUCAAACACACAAAAUAAGCAACAUUUUCCCCAAAAAACAUUUCAAAGUGAAAUAUUUGAUGUGAAGUACAUGAAAGUUUGAACAGGUCAAUAAUUCAUAAACAUUGAUUAUAACUCAUUAUUUCUUGAGCGAUGACAACUUUAAAGCAAAAAAAGUGUGUUAUCAGAUUCAACAUCACAACUUUUUGUUGUUACAUUUCACCUGCGUGCUCUUUAAUUUUACUUUUUAACAUUUCUUUUUGUAUUAGUAUUUUUGGAAUGUGCCCCGGGCCAUUAAUAAAUGAGCUGCGGGCCGCAAAUGUGCCCCCGGGCCACAGUUUGGACACCCCUGGCUUGGACCUAUUUAGAAAGUUUAUUAUUUUUCUGGCAUACUGCAAUGAAAGUACAUAAAUAUAUCGUAUCUUUCACAACGGAACGCGACAGUAUACAUUCAUAUUUGGAGAAGGAUAAAAUGGGGGAUUUUAGGGCGCUAACUGUAAUUAUCAGAGAUCCAUUCUAAACGUAUACUGGCGGGGAACACUUAUAAAGAUGUUAUAAAUCUUACGUUACUUUUGAUGUUACAGACCCCACGCAAAAAGAUACAAAUAUCAGGAAUUUCGCUGGAUCGAUCGUUAUGUGUGGACGUGCUAGUAAAUCAUCAACAGCGGACACGUAACAAUUAUGUCCGACUGCCGAGACCGAAAUCUCGCGUGAACGAACGUGAUCUGACAAACUCAAAGAAGAAACCGCAACAAGCGGGAAGAACGGCAUCAGGAAGGCGACAUUUAAGAGGAGAGGAGGCAAUAAUGGUGGUCUUGGGACUACUGUGGACACAACAAUAACAAAGUAAACACACGGAACACGGACGUUAUAUUCUACUGUGCGAGCGAGAGACACGCCGGGCGGUCCACCUACACUGCAGCGUCUCGGCGCGGUUCUCCUGGAUCAUGAUGCACAGCUGCAGGACCAGCUGAGGUGCCGACUCCAGGAAAGUCUCCAGCAGCCGGAGCAUGUUGACGUCGGCAUACUCGAACAUCAUGGCCCAGUACCAGCGGCGCUGGUGCUCCUUUUGGCGACGGGACAUGAUGCCCAGAAAGAGCCAGGCGCCGACUUCUUUUCAUUCUAAACCCAAACAAAGACUCCUGUUGUCUCUCCACAAUGCACGAAUGGGAGUUGCCAGAUUAUGAGCCCUCACUUCCUGUUUCGGAGAAGUCGAACCCACUGACACGGGACAUUGACCGGGCUCCAGCCGACGGCAUUGUGAGGAUGUUGCAGAGCUGCGAUGCCGAGAUGUUUCGCGGAGAGACAGGAAGCACUUACCAGAUGCUCCUGGGUGACGAAAUGGUGAAAACCAUGAUGGAGUUAGCUGGGAAAGUGGAGCUCAUCCUCAAGGAACCACAGGACAGCAUUAUUGUUCUGAGUGGCUGUGGGACCUCAGGUCGACUGGCUUUCCUUGUGGCGUCAAGCUUCAACAGAGCACUCAAAGAGAUGCGCCGCAGUGAGGUCUACUCAUACAUCAUUGCAGGAGGAGACAGAGCGCUGUUUUCCUCCCAAGAGGCUCCAGAAGACGACCCACAACUGGGCAUGCUCAGUCUGAAAAAGGUGUGUGAGGGGAAGAAGAGAGUCUUGUUCAUCGGUAUCUCCUGUGGAUUGUCGGCUCCGUUUGUGGCAGGACAGUUGGACUUCUGCCUCCAGCAACCGGACGUCUACACUCCUGUUCUGCUUGGUUUUAACCCUGCACAUCAGGCACGGAAUGAACUCAUACCAGGCUGCACAUUCACAUUCCUCAGCGUGGUCCGAAGAAUGCAGGCUCUUGCCAAAAGUGGGAAGUCCUUCCUCAUCAACCCAUCAGUUGGUCCGGAGGCCAUCAGUGGCUCUUCCAGGAUGAAAGGAGGAAGUGCGACUAAGAUGCUGCUGGAGGUCAUCCUGUGUGCCGCUCACGCUGCCGCUUUCUCACGUGCCUACAUCACACACCAGGGCGUCCUGCAGCACCUGAGAGCCUACGAGCAAACAGUGGAGGUCACAUACUCUCACCGUGACGCCGUCGCUGCUUUGGUGGCAGCAGCUGGGAAGAGUUUGCUGUGUGGGAAACACGUGUGUUACCUGGGCUGGGGAAGCCUGGCUGUGCUGGCUCUCAUUGAUGCCAGUGAGUGUGAGCCUACUUUUGGAGCAGCCUAUGAAGACAUCCAAGCGUUCAGAAGUGGAGGAUACAGAGGGCUGGACAACAACGAGGGCUCCUUGGCUUGGCAGGGAGCCCAGUUUGGCAUCGCGCAUGAAGAUUUUGUGCGAGGCGUCUUGCCCACGCUUGAUGACCAAGACACAGUCGUUCUCGUCUACGCACAGUCUGAUGACGUCAAGGAAGUGGCCGACGUGGCCCGCACAGUGAGGCAGAAGAUGUCCAACCUCCAUGCGGUUCACCACCGGGCUGACGGAGACGAUCACACGUCACAGGAUGAAAUAAAAGGAUUGUGUGUUUCCACAUUAACAAUUUCUUGGCCAUCACCUUCUUCAAGAAAUCUACUGCAUAUGUGGGAGCUGUCCACCAAGCUGCUGCUGAACGCUGUGAGCACGGGGGCGCACGUCUUGAAGGGGAAGAUUUACCAGAACCACAUGAUGGACGUGCAGGUCACCAACAGCAAACUUUACCGCCGAGCCAUACGCUUGAUCCAGAAACUGUCGUCUCAUCCUGAGUGUCGCUGCCAGGAGGCUCUCCUGAAGGCCAUCUACCAGGUGGACCUGCUGACUGAGGACAUGACAGGUGGGCAGGUGAGCGCCCACACAGCCGCUGGAAGGCAAAGGAAAAAGGUGGUGCCUCUGGCCUUGCUCUCUCUGCUGACUGGGUUCUCUCUCAAGGAGGCGGAGUCUUGUCUGGAGCUGCAGCCAAUCAUACGGGACGCCGUAGGAGCCGCCAUGUCCAAGACACUCGUUUAGUUACGUAGCUCAUAAAAGUG